GUGAAUCGAGUAAUGGCAGGAACAGACACGAGAUAGUGCUCGAACCUUUCAUUAUUCCUACAUUUUUUAGGUAUCAGCAGCCGAACGGACGCCUUUAUUUGUCGUCGUUCGCUGUGAGAGGCUGAUUCCGACCCCGUUUUCCUGUCAUCAUAUUAACUGUAUGCAGUGGAAUGGCUGAAGUGCCGCCUGGGCCUAACGCACUGCCUUCAUCCCCGAGCGACAUCACAGCACAGCCCGUGGACGGGUGCACCUUACUGGGGAACGAUGAGGGACUAGAUAUCAUCACCCCGGGACCACACCAGCACGCUGGCGAUCAUAAAUUGAUUGUCAAAUCCAACCAGAACAACGUGCAUCCCAAUGCGUCAGGCGCCCAGUUCCACUCAGCCCAGCUGAACGGGGUCCAGUGCAACCACGCUCACCUCCAGAACCACGUCCAGCACCGGCCGUCCUACAGUCAAAGCGGCACUUCUGAUCAUCACCUGGAUGGCAUCGGCGAAACGCAUGGCGAUCACACGGAAAACAACAAUUUAUCCAGAAAUAAACGUUGUAAUGAUAUAUCGCAGAGCCAAUCACCGCCGAACAACGGGAUAGACUGCACUGUUAGUAUGGUGAUCACGGAUAGCAGCUAUUGUCAACUGGAGAAUGAUGUUAGGAGCAGGACUGGUUCGGUGGAUAAGGGUCGAGCGGCACAUGAGUCAGGCCCGGGCCCGCAGGGCGCUCGAGUAGAGCAGCAGGCGGUGGCGGAUGACAGCGCUCCGGUGGCGGAGAUGUCGAGACUCGCGCUGAAGGAGAACGACGAGUCCAUCCGAUACGUGAGAUACGAGUCUGAGCUACAAAUGCCCGAUAUUAUCCGCCUCAUAACGAAAGACUUGUCUGAGCCUUACUCCAUAUACACCUAUAGGUACUUUAUUCACAACUGGCCUCAGCUCUGCUUUCUGGCGAUGGUCGAGAAGGACUGUGUGGGUGCCAUUGUCUGUAAGCUAGACAUGCAUAAGAAGAUGUUCCGUCGUGGAUACAUCGCUAUGCUUGCCGUGGACUCCAAAUUUCGCAGGAAAAGCAUUGGCACCAACCUUGUGAAAAAGGCCAUCUAUGCCAUGGUGGAGGGGGACUGUGAUGAGGUGGUGCUAGAGACGGAGAUCACCAACAAAUCAGCCCUGAAACUCUAUGAGAACCUGGGCUUUGUCAGGGACAAGCGGUUGUUUAGAUAUUAUUUAAACGGAGUGGACGCACUCCGGCUCAAACUCUGGCUUCGCUAAAUCAAACUAAUGGGUUCCUCGACUCUUUCUCCAUCCCUUUCGCCUCCUUUUCCUCUGCCCCAGGCCUCUUUUGGCUCAAAUCACAUGACUUACCCUCAAUAGAAAGAUGCUUGACCUCAGCUGAGCCAUAAAGGAGAUACUCUGGGUGAAAAUUCAACAAAUUAUAAUAAAGUGUUUUACGAACAUUUUGUGCAAAAGACAAAGAGGUUAUUGCAAAAAGGAAAAAUAAAUAUACGAAGUUGGGUACUACUAUUACAAUAACACUGAAGAGAAAAGUAUGGUGGCUUGGGCACUCUGGUGCAGAUAGCCUGACUGAAGACAUCUGUGUAUUUGCGACGGGCUGGGAAGAAUGAGUUGAUGGCAUCAGCGAAACGAUUUGAGCCGAAAGCAAACAGUGCACCACACCUCUGAUGUUGAAUUUUUUACGAACAAUCACAAACCGAGAGAUGAAAAUGUGUUCAAACCGACUCAACGAAACUACUCAAAUCAAUCUUUUUGUUUUAUUAUUAUUUUCCUUCUAAAAGAGGGUGCACGGGAGCACUGCAGGUUGUGUUGAGCCUGCUGCUUUGUGUUGUUUUUGUGCAUUCAGGGGUCUGCUGUUUAGUUUGUGUAUAUUUUACGUUUUAAAAAACAAUGAGCAGAGCUCUGUCCGCUUUAGAAGUCCCACAAGAAAUGACAAACUAGUGUACACGGUAACACAUUAACAAUGCGGACAUUAAGCCAGUCGUAUUAGCUCGCUCACAAUUUGCCAUAUUGGUUUAUGUGGAUUGUGACUUUUGUGUGUGUGUGUGUGUGUGUGUGUGUGUGUGUGUGUGUUUGAAGGCGGCAGUUGGAUUCCAUUUUAUGCUACUUAACACAAAUUAAGUCAUCUCAGCAAAUUACAAAUUGGCCGGACACUUGUUUGAGAGUGUUUUGUGACAAAUGAAACAUUUGGGAAGUGGGUGUUCCCAAAAUGAAGAGUGUUCUCCACUUUUUUUUUUUAACCACAGCCUUUAUCAAUGUAGAUGGUCACUGCUAAUAUUUUAUUGAAUUUAAUGAAUGAUAACAAGGAUCUGGAACCAUGAAUAUGAUACAGGGAAUAUAUUACCAUUUCCAUUAAUAUUAGUGAUGCGAUUGCAUUGAUUGCAAAAGUAGCUUUGGACACCUCUGCCACACGUUUAGUCACUCAGAUAUGCUAAAUCAAGACAAAGGAACCUCAAACAGAUGCACUUCUCAUUUUUGCACUGAUUAAAUAGGGGGUUUGCGCUUGGUAAAAUUCCCUUUUCUGCCACUGCCUUAGUUAAACCGUAGAGGGCAGCAUACAGAACUCACCAGCCAAUUUACUUAAGUCUAUUGGACUCAUGUGGAUGGUUAAGUUUGAAGUCUUGAAACAGAUUAAUCAUAUGCAAGACUACAUUGUUUAGACAUGUUUUAAAUAUUUGUGUGUAAGUGAGGUUCUGGAUGUUUAUGUUUUUAGCAGAUUGUGUUUAACAGUGUGAUGUGGCAGGUUGUAACAUCACCCACAAUGUAAAGUAUGUAAGUGUCUUUGUCAAGAUAUUCUGAAUUUGUUUGUUUUUUCACAUUUUCAUUGCCAAUGGACCUUAGGGUAGGCACCUUUUAUUUGAUUUUCCGCAAAGGCUGUUAGAAAUAGACGUACAGUCUCUUCAAUCGGUUGCACUUUACCUUGUUGUCAAUCAUUUAGCUGAUUUGACAUUGAAUAUACGUCUACAAAAACUCUGGAAAAUUUAACAUGACAUUGGACCUUAAAGGAAUGGUUCACCCAAAAAAGAAAAGUCUCAUUCACUUACCCUGAUGCCAUCCCAGAUGUGUAUGGCUGUCUUUCUUCAGCAGAGCACAAAUUAAGAUUUUUAGAAGUAGAUAGAG